AUGAGCUUCUACUUGGACAGGCUCGAGGCCGCGGGAGGGGCCCCGGCGCCCCCACCCCCGCGCGCGCGGGCGUGGCCUUGUGGUUACCAGGACCACCAGCACGCCGCCGCUAUUCUUCCUCGCCAGCCGUGUCCUCGGGCGGCCAGUUCGGUUACGGCGGCGCCGGCAAGGGAGGAGGCGGGAGGCGGAGGCGGCGGGGAGAUGCGGAAGAAGAGGUUCUGGGAGCCGCAGACGCCGCACGCGGGCUGCCCGCCACCCAAGCGGAGGGCCGUUGCGCCCGCUCGGCGCCGGUUCCCGCCCGGCUGCGGGAGGGACGCGAGGACGCCGCACGCGCGCUGCCCGCCGCCCAAGCGGAGGGCCGUUGUGCCCACUCUGCGCCGUUACCCAUCCGGCUGCGGGAGGGACGCCGGGGCGCCGCUGUUCCACGUCCACGACGCCGGUGACGACGGUUCGCGGUUUGUACCCGCGCGGCGCGGCGGCGGCCCGGGCGCACCCCUGCAUGAGUCGGCUCCUAUCUCGUCCUACUACUACUCUCGCGGGCGGUGUCACAGCCCCAAAUUUUAG